AUGGCUGUCGCUAUAUCACCAUCCGACUGUUCGAAUCCGUACCCGUUCGGUGUUGCUAAUUCUUGGGAGACCUUGUCCUCUGGGCCGCUUUCCAUGGUUGGCGUUAUGUCUUACCAUUAUCCACCACUACACUCUGAUGACAAUGAGAUGGGCAUGCCGCCGCCUCCGAGCUUUAUACCCUCAUACACAAUUCCUUCACAGCAACUUUCAUCUUUGCCGACGGUUGAUCAGCAAGCUCCUCCCCUACUGAGCCAACAACAUGGCAUGGAUAUGAAGGGGGUACACUCAGCACCCAACGGUAUUUCUUUACUUGCUACAGAGGCCGAUGAGCAACAGCAACAAAGUGGAAGCUUGGGAGAAAAGAAAAGGAACAAAUUGGGCUACCACCGUCACUGCCGGCGUCGGAAGAUCAGAUGCAUCGCUUCGCCUAAUGAUACACAAGGAAGAUGUAUCAACUGCAUUCGAUUGAAAAAGGAAUGUAGUUUCUUUCCUGUGGACCAGGCCUCCGUUGAUGAUUCACGGGGUAGGCAGGGGUCCAGGGCAUCGACAGGGGCAAAGGGGAACUCAACAACAUCAUCCCCAGCAACUUCAACCAGCAAGCCGGUGGAACAGCCGAAGAAGGCCAAAACAUCCUUCAUUCCACCAGCGAAAAGGCCGGUCCCUAUUACUGUCCCAACGGCUGGAGACGCCACUGGAACUGUAGGGUUUCAACCUCAGACUAUCGCUACCGUGCCAUCUCCAAUAAGCAAGACUCCCGUUGAAACUCCAAACCAGGCAUCAGCCAGCUGGAUGAUCACGGCGCCUGAUCAGAGCCCAAGUACAUCGUCAGAAAUAAGUGCGCCUUGGCAAACCUAUGCCUCGGGGUCGCCAAUGAGCGCGCAAUUUUCGCCAUUUACAUCUGUAGCACAAUCUCCGUCUGGCUGGCCGCCAGGGACCUCGGAAUCCAUACCUCAAGGAAAUGUCGAUACGGCUUGGGGUCACUUCGCACCACCGACACGGUCCAUGUCGUACGGGGGAGAGCCUUUGAACAAUAACCACCCUUCACAAUACUCUUUGAUGGCUCCAGAUCGACAAUUCGAGCGAAGACCGUCUGCCUUGUCCGAUGCAUACACCACUUCUAUGAAUGGUGUCAUUCCUGGGUUUGAUGGCUCGAACGUGAGCACACCAAUACACUUCCCCUCUGGGGCAGUACCUCCCACGAACUACGCACCGUGGGACCAAACAAACGCAUACACCGAUUACACAUAUAUGAAGGGCAAUGAAGCCUAUGGCCACGAUUGGUCGCAGGCGAAUAGGGGGCAGGAUCAAGGGCUCCAGCUCGCCAAUGAUGGGCAGCAAGUCAUGAAUAACGCGCCACCCAUGAACUUAUAUCAAUCACAAUAAAAACGCCAUGGACGACGGCAGAUAGAUUGGGUGCAUGGUUGGAAACGAAGCGAAUGUUGUUGUUUUGUUUUUAGCAUUUCAAUGCGGAGGUUAUAUGCACUGAGUAAUAUUAAUCAUAUACAAUGA